AUGGCUUACACAUUUCCAAUUGUCAGGGCUGUCCUAGCAUGGCUUUCAAUAAUUGCAUAUAGAAACAAGGACAAGAAACCAGGGGAGAAAUUGGUUUCUGUAUCUGAUGUUGUAAAGGAGUAUUGGGCCACCUACGGAAGGAACUUCUUUUCUAGAUAUGAUUACGAGGAAUGUGAAUCUGAAGGAGCUAAUAAAAUGAUAGAGUAUCUAAGAGAUUUGGUUUCAAAGAGCAAGGCAGGUGACAAGCAUGGAAAUUAUGCCCUUCAAUUUGCCGAUGACUUCACCUAUACUGAUCCUGUGGAUGGAAGUGUGGCAUCAAAACAAGGUGUCCGGUUUGUUUUCACUGAUGGAUCAAGGAUCAUAUUUCGUUUAUCGGGAACUGGUUCGGCAGGUGCGACCGUCAGAAUGUACAUUGAACAGUUUGAGCCUGAUGUCUCAAAACAUGAAAUGGAUGCCCAAACUGCACUAAAACCAUUGAUAGAUCUGGCGCUGUCUGUUUCAAAGCUGAAAGACUUCACAGGAAGGGAGAAACCUACGGUCAUCACAUAG